UCUGUUUCUUUUUAAAAUAUUCUGGGUAAACCGAAGGCCAGAACUCUCCCUCUACAACUCUGUUGUUCGGUUAACUUCCCUAUUUUGGUGUCCGCAAGUCUUCCUCUUCCUUGUAAAAGAAGCUCACUCAUUUACGCUUUCUCGUACGUUUAGGCUUCCAUUGAAGAUUAUAAACAGCAGCCAUCGAGAGCAAACUACCUUCCUUAGGAGACAUUCUCGUCAAAUUCUUCUCUCACACACUUCAGCAGGACCCACCGAAAAUCAACGACUUCUCAGCAGUUGUCACUUGUAAAGUAAUGCCAUUUCCACUAUAUUGGACGAGACACAGACUUUCUCCUUUGUAGAGAGAAUUAGGGGCUGAUUGUUUAUUCGGAAGUUGUAAUAUGGCACAAGAAUCAGCCUCUGAUCUUAUGUAUGUGGAUGAUUUUUACUUCUCAUUACUCUUUGAUGAAAAAGAAGAGGAGAUUAUUCAUCCAAAAAAAAGAAGAAAAAUAGAAAAAGAAGAGGACAUUUUGCCAGUGUCGGAUGCCAAGUAUGCGGAAGGGUUGCAGUUCCAAGAGGCUCUUAUGGGCUCCCUGAUCACUUCUCAAAUGGCAAACAACGGGGCCUCAUCAUCCUCAUCAUCAUCACCACCAAUCCAAGCAAGUCCUCUAAUCCACAACCUAAAGCCAGAGGAGGCAACAAAAGAAGCUGGAGAAUCAUCACAUAGCUUCUGUAACAUUUGUGUGGAGAGGAAAGAUAGUGAUCAGAUGUUCAGAAACGAGAGCUGUGUUCACUCUUUUUGUUCUGACUGCAUUAGCAAACAUGUUGCCACAAAGAUCCAAGAUGGCAUAACCGUUGUUUCUUGCCCCGGAUUGGAAUGCAAGGGUGUCCUAGAACUCGAUGCUUGCAGGCCAAUGCUUUCCAAAGACGUGCUGGAAAGGUGGGACGAGUUGCUAUGCACAGCGCUGAUUGCGUCUGAGAUGAUGUUUUACUGUCCUUUCAAGGACUGUUCAGCCAUGUUGGUGAAUGAUAACGAAGGAGAAGUCAUUAGGGAGUCAGAGUGUCCAUUCUGCCAUCGACUCUUCUGCGCUCAGUGUUAUGUCCCCUGGCAUCCUGGGGUAGAGUGCGAAGAGUUCCAGAGAUUAAAUGAGAGUGAGAGAGGAAGAGAGGAUCUCAUGCUGAGGGAACUUGCUCAGGAGAAGAAAUGGAGAAGGUGUUCCAAUUGCAAGUACUAUGUGGAAAGGACUGAAGGUUGUUUACAUAUGACUUGCAGGUGUACAUUCCAGUUUUGCUAUGGAUGUGGAGCAUCAUGGACUAACGAUCAUGAUGAUAAUUGCUUGAGAGAAUAAAUGACUAGGCAAAAAGGAAUAUGUGUCAGGAUGUUUAUUUUGCAAGACAUUGUGUUUUGUAUAUCUAUUGAAGUGGUGGUGGAAUUCCCCUGUAAUCCUCUCUUCCUUAUUCAUUUAGAGAGAGAGAGAGAAAAAAAAAAAAAAAAAAAAAGAAAAAAAGUGGUGGUGGAAUUGAGGACUUGAGCAGCAUCAGUGAAAUUAGUAGAUUCGUGAAAUGAAACAUGAAAUGUAUAAGUUGUAAGGACACAAAAGAAGUGCUAGUCACACCUAAAUUAUUACUUGAAAAAGAAUAAUCAAGUUGCAAUU